UGAAACACCUUCAGACAGUACAGACAAGCUGAGACCAAGCCUUGACAGCAGCGUGGAGAGAGGGAUGCCGCACACUGAAGGGGAGCAGCAGGGCUGUGGAGGCUCCAGCAGGGGGCGCAAGCAGCAGCGGGAAGAGGAAGAGGAUCACGUGGAGCAGUCAAAGAAAGUUUGUUGGCGAGAGGGGUGUGGAUCAUCUCAGCUUCCAGCCCAAACUAGUACAACCCAGGUGUCCUUCCCUUUCCUGCUCGGACCCAGAGGGCCGUGCAUCAGCACGUCCCAGCUCCAGGUGAUCCUCCUGCAACAGUUUGGACCCAAAGAGCUGAACAAACAGAGCCAGCACAGACCAUCUGUCCUCCGCCGAGGAACACAGACCCUGGCCCAGGAUCUGAGCUCAAGCCUCGCCUCUGACCCCACCCCCUUGGCAGCAUGCAAGGAAGAAGGUGGUGGGGGCGUCAGAGGGAGCUCACUCCAGCCAGCCAGCCACACCCCUCAGGCCACUGGCCACACCCCAUGGCCCAGGAGGUCUGGCCUGAAGCAGAGCUCCUCCCAGUCCGGGCCCAGUGACAGCCCAGCCACCCCACCUGCAGAGGGCAGCAGUGUGCUGUAUGUGAAGGGGCAGUGCAGAUGGCCCGGCUGUAAGGAGGUCUUCCAGGAAUUCCCCAGUUUCCUACAGCACCUGUGUUUGCAGCACAGGUUCAGUGACCACAGCGCCUCCCAGUGGCAGUUUCAGAGAGAAAUAGUGCAGCAACUGGAGAAUCAGCUCACUGUGGAGAAACAGAGGCUCCUGGCCAUGCAACUCCAUCUGCACCUGCCCGAGCACACAUCUACCUGCACUCCCUUGGGGGCCCAGGAAGAGGGGCCAGACAGGGAGGAGAGUCCACAGGCCAGAGCCCCUCCGGCCCCAGCCAGGGACCGCACACCCCCCCACAGGGCCCAUGGCAAGGAGGGCCAACUACUGCCACAGGGGUACUGGCACACCCCUGCCCACCACACCCUCCCAGGAUUCAUCCCCAGCAUAGAGUGUUACAAGUACAACAACAUCAGACCACCUUACACCUAUGCUGAUCUGAUCCGAUGGGCAAUUCUGGAGUCCCCGGAUAAGCAGCGGACCCUGAGUGAGAUCUAUCACUGGUUCACCGGAAAGUUCUUCUACUUCCGGCACAACACAGCUACCUGGAAGAACGCCGUGCGGCACAACCUGAGCCUGCACAAGUGCUUUGUGCGUGUAGAGGGGGAAAAGGGCGCCGUAUGGACCGUGAACGAGGCAGAGUUCCAAAAGCGGAAGGGACAGAAGUUUAGCAGGGACCAGGACCUGAUGUGGUUCGCUCCUUCUUCCUUCCUGUACCCCCAGGAGAGCAGAAUUUCUGGUCUGACAGGAAGUCCAGGAGAUGGGCAUCACAGAGUGCACUCAUAGAAAGCUGGUGUACAACGACAGGGUAGUGCCACACAUUCUAUACACCCGCCAGAUACUCCUCUCCUUGUUCUUAAUAUCUAGCCAAUCAUUAUCUAACUGGCUUAUUCCUGGUCAGAGUCGCAGGGGGCUGGAGCCCAUCCCAUCAUGCAUAUGGUGAGAGGCAGGGCACACGCACUCAUACACUCGUACCUGUGCUCAAUUUAGAGCCUCUAACGAGCCUAACCUGCAUGUCUUUGGACUAUGGGAGGAAACCAGUGUACCCAUUAGCAUUAAAGAGUUCUAUAUCCCUAUAUUUAAAGCUGCAACAUUAUAGUUUGAUGCAUGCUUAUGCAUAUUUGGGUAUAUAGUGUGUGGCCAAAAACGGCCACAGUGGCAGUGGGUUUUCUGUACUGUAAAUAGGGUCCAAAACAUUUUUCUAUUAAUCUGUCAAUGAAAUCCAGGAAUUUAUCUGGGGUUAUUUGAGGUUUUAGAAAACACAGGAGAAUACUGUUAUAGUUUAGAAUAUACAAAAAUCUGUGUGGGAAAAAAAGUUUCUUUUGAGCAAUGUACAGUAACUCUGUAACUCACUUCUGAGUGAUAAUAGGUUGAGCAUAAAGUGUUAGCUGCAGCAGAGAGGACAAAAGGAAUGCAGGAUCUGACAAUCUGGUUAACAUACAGAAUCUGUGGCAAAAAUACAUUACAGGUCCAUUUAAAAGAGCUUAUUUUACUGUUUCCUGCUGUUAUCCUUUAUUGUGUGCUUGUUUUAUGGAUGAGCCUUGAAAUAAGGUAUUUUCUCAAGAACAUGCAUCAGAUAUUGUGUAGAAGAAAAAACAUAUUCAAAGGUAGGUGGAGAUUAACCAGUUUGCUAUUUUGCAAAUGAGAAUAGGGGCAUUUUACUGUCUAGGUAAUAUUGUUUUUCAGUGCUUCAUAAAGUGUCUGCUUGAAUUUUAUAUGACCAUAGAAACACACUCAAAUACUGUAAUUACAGUAGUUAUGAAACUACAGUAUAAUAUAAUGCAUACACUAUGUGUUCAACUUUCAGUACAAAUUGGUAUUCCCUCUUUCUCAGCAAUGCAUUCUACUCCAAACAUAUCAUAUGAUAAUGACACAUUUACAAGUUUUGCAUGUGAAAAAAACAGUGAUGUACUG